CUUAACAUUUCAACAUCGCUUCAAUUUACCGGGAUCAAUGACCUUGGCGAACAUGACUUUCAGAUUUUUCUAAAUGUUCUCAGCAUGCCAUCAACGUUAACGUGCUUAGGCUGAAGCCCCCAGCCCAUUAUUUUGAAGCUUCGACUUAUUACAUAUGAUGAAUCAAGUCAAGCUUGUGGGUCCAAGACUCCAACUACUGUUAAGAGUUGACGGACGUCUGUUAUGUGGUUCUCUACUCUAGUAUAUGUUACAUUGGCCACUGUCGCAACGCUGCAACCGAUCACUUCCCACAACAUCGAGGAAAGCGCACGUUCCUCCGAGUCCAACAAAAACAUCAUUGAGGAAGGUAGGGUCGCACUUUUAUCUUACGACGAACAUCAAAUUGAUUUUAGUAAAAGGAUGGGGAGCGGUGAAAUGAGUACGGACUACUCACUUUUCAAUCUCUUCCUAAAUCAACAGCACUAUUUGAUAAUCCCUCAAAAAUGAUACACGGUCAAUUUGAUCACCUACUCAUUCCUUAAGGCGC